UUGCUGAACCAAACAGAAAGUGCGAGAGAUAUCAGUCAGGAAAGCAAGAGAAAACGAAGAGAAAAGCUUGAAUUGAGCCUUCAGACAUGGCAAACCUGCCUCAGUCACUCUCAAUGCUCACCGCCUUCGGAGGAGGACCGGGCAGCACAGCCUCGGCAUCCGCCGCUGCAACUCAGGACCGUAACAAAAUGCAAUCAGCAGAGCAACUCGUGCUUGAACUCAGCAACCCCGAUCUUCGAGAAAAUGCCCUUCUUGAACUUUCUAAGAAGAGGGAAUUAUUCCAGGACUUAGCCCCAUUGCUAUGGAACUCAUUUGGUACUAUCGCUGCUCUCUUACAGGAGAUAGUUUCCAUCUACCCUGUUUUGUCACCGCCAAACCUGACUCCAGCACAAUCUAAUAGAGUUUGUAAUGCUUUAGCACUUCUUCAGUGUGUAGCCUCUCACCCUGACACCAGAAUGUUGUUCCUCAAUGCACAUAUUCCUUUGUAUUUGUACCCUUUUCUAAAUACGACAAGCAAAUCAAGACCUUUUGAAUAUUUGAGGCUUACUAGCUUAGGUGUCAUUGGUGCCCUCGUGAAGGUAGAUGAUACUGAAGUAAUCAGUUUUCUACUAUCAACAGAAAUAAUUCCCCUGUGUCUGCGCACAAUGGAGAUGGGCAGUGAACUGUCAAAAACGGUUGCAACUUUCAUUGUGCAAAAAAUACUUCUAGAUGAUGUGGGUCUGGAUUACAUAUGUACCACAGCAGAGAGGUUUUUUGCAGUUGGCCGAGUUUUGGGGAGUAUGGUAGGUGCACUUGCUGAGCAGCCUUCAUCACGAUUACUGAAGCACAUAAUUAGGUGCUAUCUUCGGCUGUCAGAUAAUCCAAGGGCAUGUGAUGCACUAAGAAAUUGUCUCCCUGAUAUGCUUAGGGAUGCUACAUUCAGUAGUUGCCUUCGUGAGGAUCCUACAACGAGGAGGUGGCUACAGCAAUUGAUUCACAAUGUUAAUGGUAGCCGUGUUGCUCUACAGGCAGGAGGAUUUGAUCAUUUGCUGGUGAACUAAAUUGAAAUCUUACUUGUGUUAUCCGUGGAGUCUUAGACCACUAAGACUCCAUAUAGCUGGUUUGGUAUAAGGUUUAUUUAGGUGUUUCCUAGAAAGGUAUCUUUCUUAAUUCGAUUGGUGGUCUUUUAUGGCGAUUUAUUGUGUUAUGUAAAAACAUACAAUAUUAUGGUUAAACUUCAAAGACAUUUACUUAAAACUUCAGACAUACAGGUGUGAAGUUCGGCAGGGGCGGACCCAUAUUGGUUCCAAUUGAACCCGCUUCGCAAAUUGUUUUUACUUUUUUUAUAUGGGAAUUAUCUUUCUGUGAAACAGACUUGUAUAUUAAAUAUAAGCCGUUGAACCCUCUUAAUGAAAAGGUUUGUUGGUCGGAUGGUUAAA